AUGGUGCGCCUCAAAGACCGCUACCUCCUGGUCAACAUUAUUUACACCGACGUGCCUGCCGGUCAGGCGAAGGGUCCGGUACCGGAUCUGCUCCUCUACAACCAGCCAACGAGCAAUGAGCUGAGGCCGCAGCUGCUGCUCAAGGGCAUCCGCAACGAGGUGGCCGCCCUCUUUGGCGACUGCGGCUCGGGCGCCGUAGAGCGCAGCCUCCAAGUGAAAUACCUCUCCCCCGCAACGUCCACCUUCAUCCUGCGCGUCUCCCGCGCCCACUACCGCCUCGUGUGGGCGGCCCUGGCCUUCAUGAACCGCGUGCCCAUCCGCGACGGCCGGCCCUGCGUGUUCCGCGUCGUGCGCGUCAGCGGCACCAUCCGCAAGGCCGAGGAAGAGGCCGUGCGCCGUGCUAAGCUGCUCAUCCAGGCCGCCAAGGAGGAGAUGGCUGGCAAGAGCUCGUCGACCGGCGCGCUUGGAGUCCUCCUGCGCAGUGACAACAACCGGGCUCGGGGUGCUGCCGCGCUGGUGGCGCGCAACGUCGACUCCGAGCCAGACGCCGAGGGCCAGGAAAUGUCUGACGACGAUGACUGA